AUGUCUGGGCAAACUGUUCCAGUGUGUGGUUACCUGCACAGAGGCUCGGGCCGUGUCACCGCCAUCUCGCCGCCGCGCGCUGUCCCCGCCGUCGCGCACGUGCGGCAGCGCCGCUACUCCUCCCGCCCGGCAGGGGGCGCGCAGCCGCCGAGCGCGCGCGCCGCUCCACUUCCGUGCGGGCGGGCGCAUGGCGCGGCCCGGGAGCUGCUGGACGUGCGGCCCCGGCCAGGGCUGGGAGACAUUCUGCUGAUUAAUUCAAAAUGUAGCAGCAAGAAGGCCACAACUUUACAGACGGUUAAGGUGCCAAGGAGCAAUGUUUUGGACCGAGUACAGAGCUUUUUACCACAGAUGGCCCAGGCAAAUGAUGAGCUCAAAAGAAAAAUGGUAACAGCACCUGCUCAUCAGUUUGAUAUUGAACAUCUAGACAGUGAAACAGAAAAAGUUAUAGAAAUGAAUGUGGCUGUAGUUGAACUGAGUGAUUCUGAUACAGAUGAAGAGUUGCUGACUUCAGAAGAUGACUCAGAAUCUGAUGAAGAUGACUCUGUAACUGAUGAAGUGACAGUGGACAACAUUAAGUUUCCUAAACAAAAGGGAGAAAAGGGCAAAAUAGAAAUUUUGGACAGCAAAGCAAAUGAGAAGAUAAGGGCAAGAAAGAGUUAACCAGGAAAGAAGCUUUGUUUUCAUAUUCCAUGUCCUGUGAAGUGUUAUGUACACUCUCUUCACUGUUAAACAUGAUCUUGAAGUACCCCAGAGGUAAGUCUACAAUGCAUUAAUGGCAGUGACUGCUCAACAGUGGAGCCGUGGCUGAGCUCAUUUCCAGCAGAGCCAGCCUGGACAGCCAUGAGUUCAGCAAAGGGUUACGUAGUACUUACCCUGUGUGCUUGCACUGGGCUCCACACCAGCACAGGGAGCUUACAGGCUCCUCUGGGAAGCCUUUGUGGCUUGGUGCAAACACGCUCCAUACUCAAAGGAUCAAGGCUGCCUCUGGGGUGUUAUGAUGGCUUUAAGCUACACUUUUCAUCCCCCAAUUUCCCUGCCGUGUUUCCAGUCUCCAUUUUGUUAACUGUCACUGACAGAAGGAUGAAAAGGUGACUUUUCAGCUGGCCUAUACUUAAGUUGGCUUGACACAAUUGUGAAACCAGAAUCAGUGAAAGUGUGUCCCAUUUAUACUUAACCUCAGAUUGAUCAAAUACAAUGGUUUGGGCUAUUACAUUCACUUCAUAGAUCAGUCUGCAUUUCAGAAGUAUCUGUCAUGCUCCUGGAUGUCAUUGUUUCUUAAAGGAACUUAGUAUUUUCUACACCAUUAAAGUAAUAUUUUCGAUACUGUAUUUGCUCAAAUAUUACACUUCAUGUCAUGACUUGAAACCUGCAGUUACUUAUAGAAUUUAUUUUGAAUCCUGUACCUGAAGUUCUAGUUUUAAUACCUGUUUCUGUAGUAUUUGUAGUAAGAAAUAACAGGGAUUCUGGUCUUUCUUUUACAAUGUGGCUUAAAUAUAAGAUGGAGACAUUUACUGAUUAAAUCAUGAAACAUUUUAGUGAAGGGGAAGGAUGGGGAUCAAAGAAUCAGACUGCUGUCUUUAAUAGCAGCCUACAGAUAAGUGAAGCUUCGGGUGUUUUUGCAUUCUAAGAGCAAGGAGUCUUAACAGGCUUAGUUAAAUAAGGUCUCAAUCUAUAGAAAAUUUCUUCCAAACUGAAAAAAGUUUGAAAGCCAGCAUCUGACCUUGGUCAUUUAACAAGGGAUUUUCCCAGAGAUUAAAAAGAACCCAAAAGUGUGAAAUACAAAGUAAUAAUCAUACAGUAUGAAACAGUGAUUACAGUCCAUGUGCAGAGACACAAAAUGUGAUUUUAAUCCAUUAAUGUAACCACCUUUCAAACUGCAGGCAGAUCACACAUUCCAUAUCAACAAAAAAGUAGAAAAUAUUUUCAGUAACUUUAGCUUGAUAUGCAUAGUUUAACACCAAUAUUGAACUCUGUAUAUACUAUACAAAGAUCAUAGUAAGUGCACUUCCUUGCAUUGAUUUACUUCUUAUGGCACGAAGGUUUUCUGUACUGCUGAAAAGUCACUAGAGCAGAGUGUUUAAUUGCUACUGUAAAGCCUGAACUGGUGUUUAGCAAAAAUGGCAUAAUCAGUAUAUUCUAGUUCAACUUUGGAAGCCUAAUGACUAAAGAUUUAAAAUGAUCAUGUAAAUAUUAUGUCACAGAAAUAUGAAGUAGGUGUGUGAGAACUUACUCUUCAGUUCUGUUUAAAAAAAAGAAACUGAACCAUAUUCUUGGGGGGUUUUGGUGGGGGGAUGAUGGGAAGAAAUUGUGCUACCAACUGUUGCUGCUACAUAAUUUAAAUAACUUCAGGGUGAUUUCCAAAAGCCAUUGUCUGUCAGACUAAAAUCUGGACCUAAUUUAUAGAAACUUAUCCAUGGAAUGAGUAUUUUACUUUGUUCUUUUGGUUGUAGCAUUGCAGACAGCAUAUCCUAGGUGUGGUAUCAAGUGCUUGGUGUGGUAAUCAAGAUUCAAACUCUGCUGACAGUCUGCUUCCCAAGUGAAGCUGUUACUUUAAUAUUCCACAGUGAUGGCUUUGGUUCUGAGAUAUUCAUGAAGAGCUUCUUCACCUGUACAAGCACAAUAUUCACCUGUUAGAACAGCAGCUAAAUGAAUUUUGUCAAACUGUGACUAUUACUAAGAAAAAAUUUUAAACACUGUAGCCAAUAUUUGAGUUCUUAAGGAACAAUGAAAACGAAUUACCUUCCCACUGUGAUUUACAGACCUGGUUUGACAAGGGGCCAGACCCAACAGAUGUGGAAGAAAAAGGAACUAGAUUUAACAAGCAGCUCCCCAAGCAGCAGCAGUCUUUAGAUGGCCACUGGGGGCUCAUAGGUGUAUUUAUGAACUUUGCUUCUCCUCUAUUAAAGGUCAGAGGUAGAGAAGCUGUGUGAAAAUCAGUAAUCUUUUUUUCCCUGACAUCAUGACUCAUUGUGGUUUCAGGAAGUGUCUUUGGAGAUUCCAAAAGCAAAACUCUGUUGUGUGAAUGAAAUUUGAUUUUCCUUUUUUCUCUGCCAUGAAGCUUGAGCUGUCCAGACUUGCAAAGCUUCUUUGACAAAAUAAACUUCACUUUUCUAAAAAGUUGUUUUGAAAAGAGAAUAUUUUUAAUGCAUCUUUUUCUGUGUCUAUUGGCAAAUUUUGGUGACAUUUUAAGGUAUAAAAAAGUUUCCCAUGCUCUUACUUAGAGGAGAUACCUAAUUUAGCAUUCUAUCUGAGGGAAAGAAUAUUUUGGCCAAUACCAUUGUUACUUGACAGCCUUUUGUAGCCUGUACAGAGCUCUGGAAAAGCUGUAAUUUAUUUGUCUGCUCUCAGAGUAGUUGGAGAGGAAUAUUCUGUGUUAUUUAGCAAAUAUACAGGAAAUGCUGAAUGGGAGGUAUUGAAGUGGGAAUAUUUAGGGAGGGAGAGGAAUUGGGUUAAGGAUUGUAAUUCUUUCAUUGAUUAAGACUCUGAGACAAUAAAGGAGGGAAGGAAACAACUUACCUAAAUCUUUCCCAAAGCCAGACAGCUUAAAUCCUCCAAAUGGCGCUGCCACAUCAGUUUUGUUGUAAGUGUUAAUAAAAACUGUCCCAGCUUCUAGCUUUUCACUGAUGUAGAGAGCUUUGUUUAUAUCUUUUGUGAAAACUCCUGAAGCUAAGCCAUAUUCUGUGGCAUUUGCCCGUUGCAAUACUCCAUCGACAUCCCUGUGGGGGAAAGAAAUUAUUUAAUUGCAACUAGGUAAAAUAAACAAGUGUUAGCAGCCUUCUGCCUUCAGUGUCAUUGAAGCAAUUUUCACAUGGCCUUUCUUCUCUAGUGAGCUUU